AGAUAAGGUGGUGGCCAUGCCGCGCGCUCACCUCGCAGUAACCAUGCCGCUGCUAGCCCAAACUGCUAAAACCCUAUUCCUUUCCCGCCUCCCGCCUCCGACUUCGCCUCGCCUCCACCUCCACCGCGCCACCGCCACCGCUGCCGGCGGGAGGGGCGACGGUGCGGCGUCGGCGGCGUCCGGCACGUCGGCCAGGGACCGGCGGCUGGCCAGGGUGCGGGAGGAGCGGCGCCGCCGCGAGUACGACCGCGAGCACACCUACCCCGGCUGGGCCAGGGUCCUGGAGAACGCCUGCAGGGAUGACGAGGAGAUGCGCUCCAUCCUCGGCGACAGCAUCGGGAACCCGGAGCUCAUGAAGCAGAGGAUACAAGAGAGGGUGCGCGCGAAAGGCAGGGAGGGGUUCAACAGACCCAAGACGGGCUCCGUUGCCGCGUUCAAAGUCAGCUUCCGAGACUUCAACCCAUUAAAUGCUUUCAUCUGGUUUGAACUCUUUGGAGAACCAACUGAUCGAGAUGUUGACCUUCUUGGCGGUGUUAUUCAGGCUUGGUAUGUCAUGGGAAGGCUAGGAGCUUUCAACUCUUCAAAUUUGCAGCUGGCCAACUCAAUGCUGGAUUUUGACCCUUCGUAUGAUUCUGAAGAAGCUUCUGCUGUAAUGCCUUCAUCUUUCCAUGAUAUCAGUGAUGUCGAGUUUCAAGACAAUUGGGGCAGAGUAUGGGCGGACCUUGGGACUUCAGAUCAUCUUGGAUUGGAUGUACUACUGAACUGUCUUACACAAUUAAGCUCAGAGCAUUUGGGCAUCAAACAGGUGGUUUUUGGCGGCAGAAAAUUGGGCGACUGGGAGGAAGGCAUGACGAGCUCGGACUAUGGAUACAAGCACUUCAAAAUAUAGGAAUCAACAAGUGGUAUGUGGCUCGAAGCCUCCAGGGGAUCACGCAGCCCUCAAUAGUCGAGAUAAAUUUUGUCUAGGAACGAGUUAGGAGUAGUCCCAACUCCCAGGCCUGGCUAGAUUUAAAUUGCGCGCUCGUGUAUGUAUGCAUGUAAAUAACUUCCAAAGGCUAGUGUCCUUGCUCUAGUGCCAAUGGUCAAUGGUCAAGAGCAUAGAGGCUCUUUGGCUGCUUUCCUUCACCGCCAAGAUGCUUUUGAGGACAAGGUGGAUGAGAGAUUCAACAUCUUUGGAGUUGAAGGUUGCCUCUGCUAGUGAUGUCAAGACAGUCUAGUAAAUGAUGGCAAGGCCACUGCUUCCCAUUCCUCAAGCAGUUUGCCUCCUGCACACACUGAGUUCCCCCUCAGUGACCGUCGGUAGCCAAGACGCAAGGCCUUCACUUUCUAUGGCCGCUGACGUUCCGGAAGCUUAGUCUAGUGGGAUGUCAGCUCUUCUUAUUUUUGUCAAAGGGGGGAAUUUUAGGCUAGAAGGCUUCAUGGGUCUUUAUGGUUAGAGAGUUUGAGAGGUAGAAUCCAUGGCUAGAUAGCAUUUUCAUGUGGUUGUACUUCAAUUUGACUGUUUUUUCUACUCCCGUGAAUGAACCAAGAUUUGGGGAAUCGAGUUUAUGAAACUCGUGUUUUUCCGUCCUCUGUUUACA